UAAACCCUAAUUUCCGCCAUAGCUUUCUUUCACAUUCUAAUUGUUAUAAAGUCUUGUUGUCUUAUUUGUAGUGCUCUGUGUAGAAAGAGAAAGAGAUAGAAAUGGGAAGUGAUGGCGAAGCAGAGAAGACUCAACAGAAGGAAAAGGAAAGGAAGAAGAUGUUAGCUAUUUCACCCAUUGCAAAGCCCCUCGCUGGCAAAAAGCUUUCUAAGAAAACCCUCAAGUUUGUCCGCAAAGCCGCUGAGCACAAAUGUUUGAAGAGAGGAGUAAAGGAAGUAGUUAAAAGUAUUCGGCGUGGUCAUAAGGGGUUAUGUGUUAUAGCUGGAAAUAUAUCUCCCAUUGAUGUCAUAACUCAUGUUCCAAUCCUGUGUGAAGAGGCUGACAUUCCCUAUGUUUAUGUUCCCUCAAAAGUGGAUCUUGCAACUGCAGGGUCUACCAAGAGACCAACAUGCUGUGUUCUGGUGCUAACCAAGCCCACAAAAGGGGAACUAAGUCCCGAGGAACAAUUAAAGUUAAAAGCAGAUUAUAGCCACAUUGUAGAGGAUGUAUCUGAGCUCACAUCCUCUCUGUUUUAAGUUAACAAAAAAGUUGUCAUUGUAACAUUUGAUAUUGACAUCCUCUUAUUUUACUUCCAGGGGGGGAAUAUGCUUUUAUUACUUGUUA